AUGACAGUGCAGCAGUGUGCAGUGCAGUGCAUCAGUGCCCAUGACAGUGUGCCAGGGCCCAGCAGAGUGCAUCAGUGUGCAGUGCAGUGCAUCAGUGCCCAGUGCAGUACAUCAGUGUCCAGUGCAGUGCAUCAGUGCCUAGUGCAGUACAUCAGUGGCCAGUGUAGUGCAUCAGUGCCCAGUGCAGUGCAUCAGUGUCCAGUGCAGUGCAUCAGUGUCCAGUGCAGUGCAUCAGUGUCCAGUGCAGUGCAUCAGUGUCCAGUGCAGUGCAUCAGUGUCCAGUGCAGUGCAUCAGUGUCCAGUGCAGUGCAUCAGUGCCCAGUGCAGUGCAUCAGUGCCCAGUGCAGUGCAUCAGUGCCCAGUGCAUGCCCAGUGCAGUGCAUCAGUGCUCAGUGCAGUGCAUCAGUGCCCAGUGCAGUGCAUCAGUGUCCAGUGCAGUGCAUCAGUGCUCAGUGCAGUGCAUCAGUGUCCAGUGCAGUGCAUCAGUGUCCAGUGCAGUGCAUCAGUGUCCAGUGCAGUGCAUCAGUGUCCAGUGCAGUGCAUCAGUGUCCAGUGCAGUGCAUCAGUGCCCAGUGCAGUGCAUCAGUGCUCAGUGCAGUGCAUCAGUGUCCAGUGCAGUGCAUCAGUGUCCAGUGCAGUGCAUCAGUGUCCAGUGCAGUGCAUCAGUGUCCAGUGCAGUGCAUCAGUGUCCAGUGCAGUGCAUCAGUGCCCAGUGCAGUGCAUCAGUGCUCAGUGCAGUGCAUCAGUGUCCAGUGCAGUGCAUCAGUGUCCAGUGCAGUGCAUCAGUGUCCAGUGCAGUGCAUCAGUGUCCAGUGCAGUGCAUCAGUGUCCAGUGCAGUGCAUCAGUGCCCAGUGCAGUGCAUCAGUGCUCAGUGCAGUGCAUCAGUGUCCAGUGCAGUGCAUCAGUGUCCAGUGCAGUGCAUCAGUGUCCAGUGCAGUGCAUCAGUGUCCAGUGCAGUGCAUCAGUGUCCAGUGCAGUGCAUCAGUGUCCAGUGCAGUGCAUCAGUGCCCAGUGCAGUGCAUCAGUGCCCAGUGCAGUACAUCAGUGUCCAGUGCAGUGCAUCAGUGCCUAGUGCAGUACAUCAGUGUCCAGUGCAGUGCAUCAGUGCCCAGUGCAGUGCAUCAGUGCCCAGUGCAGUACAUCAGUGUCCAGCGCAGUUCAUCAGUGCUCAGUGCAUUUAUCAGUGCACAGUGAAGUGCAUCAGUGACCAGGACAGUGCAUCAGUGCCCAGUGCAGUGCAUCAGUGUCCAGUGCAGUGCAUCAGUGUCCAGUGCAGUGCAUCAGUGCCCAGUGCAGUGCAUCAGUGCCUAGUGCAGUGCAUCAGUGCCCAGUGCAGUGCAUCAGUGCCCAGUGCAGUGCAUCAGUGCCCAGUGAGGUGCUUAAGUACCCAGGACAGUGCAUCAUCCUCUUCUUAA